AUGGCUCAAAUGAUCCAUGGCUUCAUCAUUCUUUUUGCUUUGUCCCCUCUUGCAAUAGCUCUCACAAUGAACCCUACCUUUGCUGAACAACCUGGAAAAGGCGAAGGUGAAGGUGAAGGACUCACUCUAGAGCUCAUCCAUAGGUACUCUGUCCACUCCCCGCUGUACUCCCCCAACCUCACAACGGCCGAAAAGAUCAAACAGCUCGUCAAGAUCUCCGACCGCAGAUCUUUCGAGAUCGGAUUGUCGCUGGCCAACAGGUCCCGCGUGAUGGGGGUGCGGCCCGUCGUGGCGAGCGAAAAGUGGGUGUACAUGGUGAAGCUCGGCAUCGGGACCCCUCCAACGUUCACCAACUUGGACUUCGACACUGGGACUAGCUUCUCAUGGACGCAAUGCGCACCGUGUGGCCAGCACUUUGUGCAGACGCCACCGCUGUACUGGGCAACGCGAUCCAGCACAUAUCACGCGCUCCCUUGUGACCACCCCCUCUGUGCUGGCCUUCCCUGCAUCAGAAACCAGUGCCGCUAUGUUCUCACGUACAUGGAUGCCGCCAAAACCAAAGGGUAUCUAGUGGCAGAUCGCUUCACUUUCGCGUCCAAUCUCGGCAACCGUUCGGAGGCAGUUGACGACGUGGUCUUCGGUUGCUCCAAAGAGAGCAGCCCGGACAUGUACCCCCAUGGCACGGCAGUUAGUGGGAUCAUCGGCAUGGGCACCCACGCACGAUCCUUCCUGAUGCAGCUCGGAGGCCGAGCAAAGGGCCGCUUCUCGUACUGCCUAGUCCCUCUAGAACACAUUGGCCAUAGCUACCUUCGAUUCGGCAUCGACAUCGAACAUAUACGACAUGCGCAAACCACGCCUCUCCUAUCAUAUCACAACCACAGUCAUUAUCUUCUUGAAGUUAAGGAUCUCAGCGUCAACGGUCGGUUGCUUCAUCUGCCCUCAGAUACAUUCAAGAUAAACCCCGACGGAACAGGUGGUUGUCUUGUAGACACGGGUUCGUGGAUCAACUUCAUGGUCGAAAAUGCGCUCGACGCUUUGAUUCGUUCUUUGGAGGAGCAUUUUCAAAGGCAUAACCUUCGAAAGGCUGAGGAUCCAAAUCCUACGAAGUUGAGACUGUGUUACAAAAUUCCGAGGGGAUUCUCGUCGUACCCAGCCAUCAGAUUUCACCUCCGAGGGGCUGUUCUUCGGCCGAAGCCCAAGAACUUCUUCUACGUCGAUGAGGAGGAGGGUAGGAUCUGUUUGGCCAUAAAGGAAGCGCAGCAUACGAUCAUCGGGGCUUUUCUGCAGCAAAACCACCGAAUGGUGUUCGAUGUUCGAAAGCACCAGCUAACAUUUGCCGAAGAGAAUUGUGCUCGGGAUUGAGUAAAUAAAUAUUUGCAAUGUGAAUAAUAAAAAUGGAAGGCUCUCUCGAGUUUCUAUUAGAAAACUAUUAGUAAUGAAGUUUCAUUAUAGUUUCUAACAUGAUGGUGAGUAUACCUAUCCGUUGAACCUCGCAUCAACUAAGGAUUUGGUUAGCUGAGGAAACUAGCCGCGAACAUCACAUCUGAGCACGAAGAGACAAAGAACACCUAAAAGAGACAAAAGUGAUUUUUUUUUUUCCAAACCACUGAAGGAGUUAAAGGAAUUAUAAAGAAAUAAAAUGCUCGAUGAUCAUGACAUUCGUUGAAAUACUUAAAGCGUAAAAAACUUACAUGUUAAGGAAAAAGAAAAGGAAAAAAUAACCUUGUUUUUUCCCCCACGCAAAAUUGCUUGUUUUUUC